AAUUAGUUUUAGUAGUAGUAUAGAUAAGUGCAGUGGAAUAGAAAGUUUCGUUGGUUUUCCGAGGUAAAGUAACAAAUCGUUGCAAACUCUCUCUCAUAAAUCUUUGUCAAACGUGCUUCCUUGCUUUCUCUUCUUCAAAGGUUUACGCAACAGGAUCUUAACUUUAGCAGAGGCUGUGUUUUUCCACCUCCCUCUUACUAGGUAUAUCUUGAAUGUCAAGUUUUUUCUAGGAAAACCAAAUGCAUCGUGGUAAAUUUUCACUUACACCCAAGAAUCAAGUCAAGGACCUAGCAGCCUCAAGUUUUCCCAAUAAUCAACACAGAAGUCUUCCGGAACCAAUAUAUGUUUCUUCGUCUUCAGAUGAUGAAAGUAUCCAGUCUAAUGAUGAUGCAUCUAAGCAAUUUGUCCUUUAUGACGAUGUGACAAAUGGAGGCAACCCAAUUGAACUUACCCCUGAUCCUCUUCGAUGUAAACCUCCGGUGCGCCCACGAAACAAACCUUCACCUUCAAGUUCAUCUUCUAGAGUUUUGCCAGCAGUUGGUGCUUUCACUGUUCAAUGUGCUUCCUGUUUUAAAUGGAGGCUGAUUCCAACAAAGGAAAAAUAUGAAGAAAUACGUGAAUAUAUCCUUCAACAUCCUUUUGUUUGUCAAAAAGCUCGUGAGUGGCGACCUGAUGUAUCUUGUGAUGAUCCAGAGGAUAUUUCUCAGGAUGGCAGUAGGAUUUGGGCUAUUGAUAAGCCAAACAUUGCACAGCCUCCAGAUGGAUGGCAGCGGUUGCUACGAAUCAGAAGUGAAGGAAGCAGCAAAUUUGCAGAUACAUACUAUGUUGCACCAUCAGGCAAGAGAUUGCGCUCAAUGGUAGAGGUCCAGAAGUUCUUGAUGGAUCAUCCACAGUACAUGACAGAUGGUGUGACUCUUUCACGGUUCUCAUUUCAAAUACCUAAGCCAUUGCAAGAAAACUAUGUGAGGAAGCGCCCUUCUAGAUCUGUCGAACCUGAGCAAGUGUGUUCUCCAGCUUGGGUAGGUCCAGAAGACAGUACUAAUUCGAAUGAGAGAAGACUGGGGCUUCCUGAUCCAUGCAAUGAUUCUGACCCUGUCAGCCGUCCUGCAAAGAAGCAAGCAACUCAGAGUUCCCUCCAUAAAGAUGCAGUCUAGUAAGAAGAAAUAUCGUUUAACGUUAAAACAAAAGGACCUAAUCAAAACACGUUACCCCCUUUUUUUGCGUUGCUUUUGGGUGUAAGAUUGCAUCUUCCUCUGUAAUUUGUCUUACAAAUAGAGAAAUCUGUCAUCUUUUGGAUUAGUAAACCGAGUGUUGAAAAUGAACUGCUUCUUGAGAUGAAAGGUAUAUAGCUUGGCAUGUAUUUUGAGGUAUGAUCUGAGCAUGCCAAAAAAAGUGUGGAAAACAAUGUGUAGAAUAUGUAAGUUUGGGUUAAAAAGUAUUUGAUAUUAAUCAUACACUCAUGGCCCAGUUGUCCUAGUCUUUUGAGUUCGCUAGACGUGGUUAACUGAGAACAUCAAUAUCUUGGUAUUCCUAGUAAAAAAUUAUUUUGCAUCA